GUCUGUACUCAGGUUCCUGCAGCCCGUCCUCCGGGUUUUUUCUAUUUUAUUUAAUCUUCUCAACUCGUGGAAGAGUUGGUUGUUUCCACAAAGACUUCCACACGAUGGUUCCUUUUGUACCGGAGCUGCUGCAAGUGCGGCCAACUGCAGUUUCUUGACACAUGCUCAACUGUUUAGCAUUUGUGGUUUCAUUUUCUGGCUAUUAUUUCUUGUGAGGAAAAAGAAUCGACUGGGAAGAUAUUGGAAAAAGAAAGAACCAUGACCACGGGAAUCACCAAGAGAUGGUCCUUCAAGGAACGGCGAUUCGUGUCGUUCUUUCUCAUCUACGCGUCCACGUUCAUCCAAGGGAUGGAAAUCGCUGUUGUGCUUCCGACGGCGUGGAAAUAUCUUCGGAGGCUCGGUGUGCAUGACGAAACCUUCCUGGGAUUCUUGAUCUCAAGUGUGUUCUCCGGGUUAUUUGUGGGACACUGUGUGGAUCGAUCGGAGAACACGCGGAAAGUGUUGCUUUACUUGAACUUGUGUCAAAUCUUCGGACAUUGUUUGUACUUCGUGGGAAUGCAUCCCUGGGUUCUUCUCGCUGCUCGUUUCAUGUGUGGUUUUGGGUCAGGAAUCGGAUCGGCUUGCUUCUCGGAACUCGGCCGAGCUUCGAAGGUGUCUGAAAGGACGCUGGUCAUGACUGUGGCCUUCGCUAUGCGGCAAAUCGGCAUCAUGGUGGGCCCCAUGUUCACCCUGGCCCUGCAUCGCGUCGACACUCGGAUCGGGUCUUUCAUCAUUGACGAAGAAUCCAGUGCUGGCCUAGUCAUGGCGUCGUUGUGGACCGUGUUUCAGUGUCUCAUUUUCUUCUUGUACUCGAACGUGGGGCGGGAUUAUCAUCGACAAGGUGUUCGCGUCAGGAACCAACGUCCGUCGUCGAGGAUGAAUUACGGAACGAGUGGAGGUCACGACAGCGACAGGGAAUUGCUCGACAGUGGGUCCGUCGGCAACAACAACGACGGGGCUUGCGAGACGAAAAACGCGGGUUGGUUGACCACCAGUGAGCACGAGCGACGAAUAGACAGGAAACUAGAUGUCGGUGGCUUCACACAGGCCAACCGAGUUCCCAGCAGCAGCGGCGGCGGCAAUAACGAAGCGUCGCCGCUAAUGGGUCUGGUGGCGCCGACCGACAAGCGACUGGGUUAUUUCGACGUGUUGUUUGAUGACCGACUCGUGCCGUUGUUGUUUAUGCAGACCAUCGGGUUCUUUGUCCUGUGUUUAAUUCAGACAAUCAUCCCACCUGCAGUGGAACACUACUUCAAGCAAGGCACCCGUGUCACGAGUCUCAUUUUCAUGGCGGAAGGAGCCCAGGGUCUGUGUGCCUACGUUGCCAUGAUGUUUCUGGCGCCGAAGAUUCAAGACCGAAUCAUCGUCCUCAUUGGCUAUCUCAUGCUUGUCUUGGCCGUGGGUAUCAUGGGUUAUGUGAGUCACGCGUUGUCCUUGGGGCUCGUCGACCCGGCAACCCUCUUCUGGCCCUUUGUCGCUGGCUGCGGGGUCGUGUUUGUUGCCGUGCCCACUCUGUCUGCUGCUGCUGUGUCUCUCGCGUCGAAAGUCGUGCAUCGGAAUGCUCAAGGAAUGGCUCAGGGUUUGCGGAGAACCUCCUUGUUCAUGGGUGUCGUCUUCGGGCCUUUAUGGGGAGGAGCCAUGAUUUAUCAGCCCUUGUUUUUGUACGGGAUGUCCUUCGUUCUGCUCAUCGUUGGCGGCGUGUUAUUCGGAGCAUCAUUUCGCAAGUUGUUCGUCUGUCGCGAAACCUCGAAUGUCGGUCGUCGUCAGGACGCGAGUAUGACCUCUUCUUCGAGCGAAGAUCGUCGAAGAGAAGCUGUUUGAGAUUCUGAAUUUUUAUUUUGAAUGCGUUUGAGAAAAAAAAUUUAAAACUAUUGUAUUUUUGUGUUCGCAAAUCACGACGUGAAGCAGGUUUUGAUCGUCUUGAUGGAUUUCAGUUUUUCGGACAUCGUAUGUUUUUUUUUUGGUUUUUUGUUGUUGUAGAGAGUGUGAAUCGAUUUUUUGUUGUUGAAAUUUUGCUGAAUUCGAAUUCGAGGCCAAUUAUUCGCGCCUACGUUCUUCUGAAUGUUGGGAUAUCAGUGCGAGUUUCGUUGAGUAUUCCGAUGUCUUUCUUUUAUUUUGAAAUCUUGAAACAUCGCAGUGAUGCCAGGGAAAUGAGAGAGUAUGUAAGAAGUAAGCCAAUAAGCAACUAAUUAUCAAGGAAGGCAUUUCUAUUCAGUCCCAUAAUUUUUUUCCGUGAGUGGCUGCAUGAAAUCAAAUGUUCCCACCCCGAAUUAAAAAUGGUGAAGUGGUCAAGAAAUGAAAUAAGCAGGAAAAAAGAGUGAUACAAGUAAAACAGCAGCAACUGGUGAUUAUAGGUCGAAUUUGUUGAUCUUAUUUGUAUAUAGGAAUCGUUUUUGUAUUUCUGUUCUUGAUUCAUGUCUUGGUACACUCGAACAUCCUCUUGUUAUGACGCUGUGCCAAAUCAAAAUGUUCUUUCAAUUUUGGUUUCUGACUUGAGCUUGGUUCCUAUAGGCAACUUUUUUGCUGAAAUAUAUUUGAUAGUUUUGUUAUUCAUUAA